AUGAAACCGUUUUGGAAAGUUAAGUCGUUUACAGUGCUUAAAGUGGUGUCUUUUGCAAAAAAUUUCCUCCAGCAAUGGCGUGAUGCUAAUCAUUCCUUACCAAAAAUCACUGCUAACUCCAAUAGACCGGAGAAUGAUGAGUGGAAACCACCUACUAUGGGUUCCUUUAAAUUAAAUAUUGAUGCAGCCAUCUUUGAAAACCAAAGGAAGGCUGGGCUCAGCCUUGUGAUUAGGAACAAUUUGGGGUCAUUUAUUGCAGCCAGAGUUGUUUCUGUACAAGGUAUUGUUGAUCCACUUUUAGCCGAGACUUUGGGGGUUCGAGAGGCCCUUUCUUGGAUUAAAGCUAAAUUUCCUGAGGUCCAAACCAUUGAAAUGGAUGCCCUUCUGGUUUAUAGUGCUCUACAGAAUGUUGAAGAGGACAAUACUUACUUUGGUCUUCUUAUUAGUGAGUACCGUCUUCUUGCUAGAGAAUUAUCAAAUCUCAAGUUCAGCUGGGUUAGGAGAUCUACUAACCAAGUAGCUCACACGCUUGCUAAGGCCACUAGCUCAUCACAUGUUAAUGUUGAAUGGUCUUAUUUUUCGCCUUUGUUUAUUUCAAAUGUACUGCUUGCCGAUUUGAUGAAUAGAUAA